AUGCCGUCUUUCUACCCCCGCCAACUCCCACCUACCCCGCCAGAGUUCUUCCCUUCCAGCUGUCAGCGCAUGCAGUACCCUCAAGACUCAUACCGCACCUGCGACUCUCGCCAGGAUGUCGCCUAUGACUACUCAAGAGGAUAUUCGCAGUCUGCUUUCCAGCGUAACCCGAUUCUUCCUCCCAUCAACAAUUAUUAUGAGUCAUCAGGCGCCCCCAUCCUGCCUCCUUUGAGAAUGCAGGAGCGUCUGUCUCUGGAGGACGAUUACCGCCUUCGCUUACAGGAGGAGCAACGUAGCCAAGCCGCUCAACAACAGCAACAGCAACAGCAGCAACAACAAGCGCAGCAGUCGACGCAGAAGGAGGACAAGGCAACAGGCGGAGUAUCGGCGAAGCUCGAUUACGACAUGGAACGUAUGACGAAUUUUGUGGCAGAAUCGGCGUCGGGAAUGUAUGCUCUCCAUCUGUCCCCCAUCUGCCUUGCAGAUAUUGACAUCUGUCGAAGCAUCCAGCCUAGUGUCCCCAUCCAACCCUCGUUCCGCAAGUGGGUCUCGCAAGUCCUGUCGGCCACCAGGCUGCCCUCGGCAACCAUUCUCCUCAGUCUGCACUACUUGACCGUCCGUCUCCGAGACUACCAUCCCACCAAGUCCAACCCCUCGUCCGAGAACCACAUCUACCGUCUUCUCGCCGUCGCCCUGAUCCUGGGUAGCAAGUUCCUUGACGACAACACGUUCAUCAAUCGCUCCUGGUCUGACGUUACUGGCAUCAGAGUCUCCGAGCUGAACAACCUCGAGAUGGAGUGGCUUGCCCUCAUUUCCUUCGACCUGCACUGCGAUCCCACUGACCCUGCUGGUCUGGCCAGCUGGCUGCGCGCCUGGACCGACUACGAUGCUCAGGCCGUCAGCCGUUCGCGCACUGCUCGCCUGUCUCCGCUCAACACUAACGUUCAGCGCCAGUCGCCCCGAGCUUCGCGUUCUCCUUUCCAGCCGCAGUACAAGGGUAGCUUCGCCGACUUCACCCCGCAGUCUUCAAGACCAUCCUCUACAUACUCUGGCACUCCCUACACUUCAGCCGAUCCCUGGAACCGUCCCGAGCCCACCAACUCGGUAGAGGCAUUCUACAACUCCCAGCACCGCUACCCUACGUUGGAGGAGCUUGAUCACUCUAACAGCCUUGCUGCCUUGGAGCAGGCUCGCCGUUCUACUGCAUACGGUGGCUGCGCCUUGCCCCUCCCACCCGCUCUGGCUUCAAACUACUACUCCCCUUGGAACCAGCCCACCUGGGGAGGCUCUCACCCUCCUGGCUGCAACUGCAUGGCAUGUUCUCGUCAAUACAUGUCUUUCAUGGGUGCUUCCGGAUAUCCUGCCCAGACUGCUGUCGGUUAG